CUGCUUUGCCAGCUUGUGCUGCGAGUGUCUCAGGUGACAAGCCCUCAGGUACAUUGUAACAUGACUUCAUAGGGGAGGAGCUAUGAGCUGUACAGGUGUCUCCCUUAGACAGGUUACUAGCGCAGGUACAGCUGAUUACUUAGAACCAGCGCUGACUCAUUCCAUUGCUGGAAUCACACACUUAGAAAAUAAAGCGGUGGCAACGGAGAGGCUGCUUUUGGAUGACCGGCCAUGGACAUCAAGGACAUGAGUGGAAAAGAUUCUGGAGGGAUCAAGAAGAAGAAUCUAACCUUUCUCAAAAGCAGGCUGUACAUGUUAGAGAGGAGGAAAACAGACACCAUAGUAGAGCAAAACACCAAUGGGGAAAAUGGAAAUUCAGGAACCCUGCGCAGGAGUCAGUCUGACAGAACAGAAUAUAACCAGAAGCUAAAAGAAAAGAUGGCACCCAACGUUGCAUCAUCCGCUCCGACAUCUCCCAUUCAAGACACAGAAGAGCUACAGAGGAGGAAAAUGGAAAAGAGAGCCAAGAUUAUCUCAGAACUGAUCCAGACAGAAAAGGACUACUUGAAUGACCUGGAGCUUUGUAUCAAAGAAGUUGUUCAUCCACUUAGGGAACAUCAUUCAGACCGCUUUGAUGUGGAUACUCUCUUCAGCAACAUUGAGUCUGUCUGUCAAAUUUCAGCCACGCUGGUGUCCUUGCUGGAAGAAGCCACGACCAAUGUGGACCAGGAGCUUCAAGUUAUAGGUGAAUUAUUUCUUGAGAUUAAAUGUCCAUUAGAAGACGUCUAUAAAAUCUACUGUUACCAUCAUGAUGAAGCACAUAGUUUGCUGGAAUCCUAUGAGAAAGAUCAGGAGCUCAAGGAGGAUAUGAGGCAGUGUACACAAUCACUGAAGAAAAUCUACGAAGAGGAGGGAAAACCGAAUCUGCUGGACAUGGGGUCCCUGAUGAUUAAACCUAUCCAGCGAGUGAUGAAAUAUCCCUUGUUGCUAUGCGAGCUGCUGAACUCCACUCCCCAGUGUCAUCCAGACUUCAAGACACUACAGGAUGCAUUUACAGCUAUCAAAGACGUUAAUGGCAACAUAAACGAGCUGAAGAGGAGGAAAGAUUUAGUGCUGAAGUACAGGAGGGUAGAUGAAGAGGAAUCACUGAAAGACAAACUUUCCAAGCUCAGUAUUCACUCAAUUACCAAGAAAUCCAAGAGAGUGACCAGCCACUUGAAGAUACUGACUGGAGGGGAACAGGUGAAAGACCAAAUAUUUAACAAGGAAGAAAAGGUAUUCAGAAGUUUGGAGAAGACCGUUAGAUUUUGUGUGAAGAACAUUUCUUGCACCCUACAGCACAUGCAAGAUGCCUUGCCGUUGGCUAGCCUUAACGUUGUGGAAUUACAGGACGUACUGCAUGAUGAAUCCCAGGAAAAGCAUCAAGACCUAAACUUGCAAAGCAGUCUGGGAGUACAGUAUGAGCAGCUGGUCUGCAAACUGGAUCACCUAGUCUGUACCCCACUGAGUACUCUGCAGUCCAUGUUUUCCACACCUCAAAAGCUCAUUCAAAAACGCUAUGAUAAACUUCUGGACUAUCACAGUUGCCUUCAGAAGCCGACAGACUCUCAGUUGGACCUGGCAAGGAAGGACUAUGAGGCACUUAACGCACAGCUACUGGAGGAGCUGCAAGUAUUUAACAAGGCUGCACGUAGCAUUCUAUUCAACUGCUUCUACUUCUUCAUAGCCCUGAUGAAAGAACUCGUGUUUGCUGCCAAAGAAUCUUGCUCACAUGCUGCUGAAACAUUCACGAUCAUCUCUGCAAAUGUGAUGGAAGUUCAACAACGAAUCAUGGAUGAGCUACAGAACUUUAAUUUUAUGAAGGAAAACAACAAUGGCACCUUUAUUGAGAGGAAACUGAGCUUUGAGAGAAAGAAGACUUUAUCUCCCCUGCCUGAACUACCUCGACAGACGGAGAGCCACAGGUGCAAGCUAUUGUCUACCUAUGGUGCAGAUAAACUUUACCAAGCAAAGCGCAAGUGCAAUGCUUCCCAGGACCAGGAUAUAGAUCUGUAUGAAGGGGAGCUGGCGGCUAUUGUUGAGUACAAGGACCCUUUGGGAAGCACCAGCAGGUGGUUUGUGGACACAGGAUUACUGCAAGGAUACGUAUAUUCCUCCUUUCUGAAGCCAUACAACCCAGGAAGGCUGCAGAAGGAUUCCUCUGACAGCGCGUUUUGUGAUGAAGACUUUGAUGACCUCAGUCUCUUUGUCUCGCCUCGGCCUUCCCGUGACAGAAGCAGUCGUGCAUCACAGAGCAGCGCUGGGGACAGCAGCCCAUCCAUGAAUGGAGAUGAGGACAAACCUGAAUUUAAUGACUAUGAUGCAGACUUUGGUCAGAAUGGGGAGGAAUAUCAUAUUUUCUAUGCUGUUUAUGCCUUUGAAGCAAGAAAUAAGCAGGAACUUACUUUGGAAGAGCAUCAGCGGGUCAGAAUCCUUAAGUUCUGUGAUAUGAGUGGAAACAAAGAGUGGUGGCUUGGAGAGGCACAUGGGCAGAAAGGUUAUGUUCCUGCAAAUUACCUAGGAAAGAUGACAUAUGCAUAGCCAUGGCUCAUCUCCCUGAAAGCAUUGUAAAGAAAUCUAGGACAACUGUGACUUUGUAUUAGCAGAAACUAGACACCCCUGUGUCUGUAUAAUGUGAAGGAUAUCAUAUAUAUCCAGAGUGCAAUGGGAUCUGACUGCCUUGACCUGAAAAAAGAACAGGUGUCAACAGAAGACAGGUCCUCUCUUCUUCUUCUUCUUCUUCUUCUUCUUUUUUUUGUCCCUCUGAUUGGAAAUAUUGUGCAGCAUGAGUGUAUGUACAGCUCAAAGCACUUAUCUAUCUGGACUGUACUUGUAAAGUACUACCUAUGCUGCCACAACUAUCAUGAAGUAUACACCUACCCCCAAAAACAAUGGGUAUAUGCAUUGUAAUGAGUUUGAAACAUAUCAGAUAUUAUUCUGGCACAGAUAUAGAAACACUAUAAUGAAAUAUGAUACUGAUAUACUGUAAAUUGAUAGUAUGUUAAAAAUUGUUUUAUAAAAAUAUUUUUUAUGGGACAAAUUAUGGUUCAAAAAUGUAAAAUUACAAUUUAAAGCAGAUUCUAUAUAUAAAUGAUUUAAACUUUUCUAUGGUAUGAAAUGAUUGGAAUAUACAGUAUCUCACAAAAGUGAGUACACCCCUCACAUUUUGGUAAAUAUUUUAUUAUAUUUUUUCAUGUGA